AUGGCUGCUGGAGGGUCUGUCAAGGGGUCCUCCCCUCCCCCGCCCGCCGCUUCUUCGGUGCCCCUGGCUGCGCUCAAUAUGCGAGUGCGGCGCCGCCUGUCGCUGUUCCUGAACGUACAGUCACUAGUGGCGGCCGACUGGACCUCACUGGCGGAAGAGCUGGGCUUCGAGUACCUGGAGAUACGGCAGCUGGAGACAUACCCCAACCCCACCGGCCGCCUGUUGGACGACUGGCAGGGCCGCCCCGACGCCUCCGUGAGCCGUCUGCUCGAGCUGCUUGCCAAGCUUGGCCGCCAAGACGUCCUGGAAGACCUAGGGCCCAGCAUCGAGGAGGAUUGCCAGAAAUAUAUUCUGAAGCAGCAGCAGGAAGAGUCUGAGAAGCCCUUACAGGUGGCUGCUGUAGACAGCAGUGUUCCACGGACCCGGGAGUUGGCAGGCAUCACCACGCUUGAUGAUCCCCUGGGGCAAAUGCCCGAGUGCUUCGAUGCCUUCAUCUGCUACUGCCCCAGCGACAUCCAGUUUGUGCAUGAGAUGAUCCGGCAGCUGGAGCAGACGAACCAUCGGCUGAAGUUGUGCGUGUCUGACCGCGAUGUCCUGCCUGGCACUUGUGUCUGGUCCAUUGCCAGCGAGCUCAUCGAGAAGAGGUUGGCCAAGGGCAAGUGUCGUCGAAUGGUGGUGGUUGUUUCUGAUGAUUACCUGCAGAGCAAGGAAUGUGACUUUCAGACCAAGUUUGCACUCAGCCUCUGUCCAGGUGCCCAUCAGAAACGGUUGAUCCCUAUCAAAUACAAGGUGAUGAAGAAGGAGUUUCCCAGCAUCCUGCGAUUCAUUACUGUGUGUGACUAUACCAAUCCCUGCACCAAGUCCUGGUUCUGGAUCCGCCUUGCCAAAGCCCUGUCCCUGCCUUGA